AGAAGCGCGUCAUCGUCCCGGAAGUGAUGUCAUCGUGAGUCGUCGGCAGGCUAGCAGGUGUUAGCAUCACAUCAGGUGUGUUAGCCUCCAGCAGGUAGAUAAGAAGAGUUUCUGUUAUUCAACCUCUCUGGAAACCGUCACAGUGACGUCAUCACACUGACCUGUGACGUAGCAGGUGGUUGACAACACGACUACAGCUGUUAGCUUAGCACUUAGCUGUUAGCUGCUAGCUGUUAGCUGUUAGCUUAGCAGUUAGCAGUGUGUUAGCUCAGAGUCCCAGAGGAUAAACAGCCUGAAGUCUUCCUGACAGUGUCCUCAGUGUCCUCAGUGUCCUCAGUGUCCUGUGUGUCCUCAGUGUCCUCAGUCAGCUGGCUGAAGCUCAGCGGGACAUCUGGAGCUGAAACAACCAGAGAAACGGAAGACUCUUCAACAACAGAGCUUCAAUAUGAGCAGCCAAGGAGCUGGAAAGCCCAGAGAGCAGGAGGAGAAGGAGAAACAGGAGAAGGAGCAGGAGGAGGACUUCUACGACUGCCAGGAGACCCUGGAGCCUCCAGGCCCAAGAGGAGGACAGGAGGAGGAGGAGGCCCAGCAGGAGGCCCAGCAGGAGGCCCAGCAGGAGGCCCAGCAGGAGGCAGGAGGACUGGAGGACUUUCACAUUACAACUGACAGACUGACUCACAGAAGAGACAUCACAGAGAGACAGGGAGGACAAGGAGGACUGAACGAGGAGCAGGGAGACAGGCUGAAGGAGGAGGAGCAGGGAGACAGGCUGCAGGAGGAGCAGGGAGACAGGCUGCAGGAGGAGCAGGGAGACAGACUGAAGGAGGAGCAGGGAGACAGGCUGCAGGAGGAGCAGGGAGACAGGCUGCAGGAGGAGCAGGGAGACAGGCUGAAGGAGCAGGAGGAAAAGCAGGGAGACAGACUGAAGGAGGAGCAGGGAGACAGGCUGAAGGAGGAGCAGGGAGACAGGUUGCUGGAGGAGGAGGAGGAGCAGCAGGGAGACAGGCUGCAGGAGGACUCCGACUCAGAGAUGAAGGAGGAGAACAGCCUGCAGGUGGAGUUUGAUGAUGACUACCUGAGGGAGGUGGAGAAGGAGCUGACAGAGGAGGAGAAAGAGGGUCGACGGCAGCAAAGUUUAACUCUGAAGGAGAAAGGCAACAGCCAGUUUAAAGCUGGAGACUGGUUAGAUGCGGAGCGGAGCUACACGGAGGCGUUGGUUUUAUGUCCGGUCUGUUUCAGCCGAGAGAGAGCCGUGCUGUUCUCCAACAGAGCUGCUGCAAGACUGCACCUGGAUGUGAAGGAGAAGGCGAUCUCAGACUGCACCAGAGCGACAGAGCUGAAUCCAGACUAUGUGCGGGCGUGGCUGAGGAGGGCGGAGCUUCACGAGCAGACGGAGAAGCUGGACGAGGCUCUGGAGGACUACAAGAAGGUUCUGGAGCUGGACCCGAACCAGACCAACGCCAGACAGGCCUGCAUGAGGUUGCCUCAGCAGAUUCAGGAGAGGAAUGAGAAGUUGAAGGAGGAGAUGAUGAGUAAACUGAAGGACCUGGGGAACCUGGUCCUGAGACCGUUCGGACUGUCAACCAACAACUUCCAGGUGAACCAGGACACCGACACCGGCUCCUACUCCAUCAACUUCAUCCAGAACAACAACAACAGAUGACAUCACCCACAGCGGGGAUGAUGUCACCUACAACUGUGAUGACAUCAGCCGCUUUGUGGUGACAUCACCCACAGCGGGGAUGAUGUCACCUACAACUGUGAUGACAUCAGCCGCUUUGUGGUGACGUCACCCGCAACGGUGAUGAUGUCACCUUCAACGGUGAUGAUGUCACCCGCAACGGUGAUGAUGUCACCUACAACAGUGAUGACAUCACCCGCUUUGUGGUGACAUCACCCACAGCGGUGAUGACGUCACCUUCAACGGUGAUGAUGUCACCCGCAACGGUGAUGAUGUCACCUGCAACGGUGAUGAUGUCACCUACAACAGUGAUGACAUCACCCGCUUUGUGGUGACAUCACCCACAGCGGUGAUGACGUCACCUUCAACGGUGAUGAUGUCACCCGCAACGGUGAUGAUGUCACCUACAACAGUGAUGACAUCACCCGCUUUGUGGUGACAUCACCCGCUUUGU